GUGGCGCGCGCGCGGAGCUGGGGGCGACACACGCAGAAGUUGCGGGGCGCAUGACGGCGGCGCGGGACGGGCCGGGACUCUUCCGCCAGCGCCGGGACUAUCCCCGCGGGCAGAUCGGAAGGUCCUUGAGGAACCAGAUGAGCUCAGAGAGAUCUUGGUGAAGAUUAGAAGCUCUUGCAGCACUGUCACUGGACACGGUCCAGUAGCUGUGUGCCUCCAGCUGUCAUCACUGCGGACUUGGAAGAGAAAGAAGAGAAGAAAAAUGUCCAACGCCUUAAAACAAGUGUUCAAUAAGGACAGAACCUUUCGGCCCAAGCGCAAGUUUGAGCCCGGGACUCAGCGGUUUGAGCUGCACAAGAGAGCUCAAGCCUCUCUCAAUGCGGGGCUGGACUUGAAGCUAGCGGUCCAGCUGCCGUCUGGUGAGGAGCAGAAUGACUGGGUAGCAGUUCAUGUGGUGGACUUCUUCAACCGCAUCAAUCUGAUCUAUGGCACCAUCAGUGACUAUUGCACGGAGCAGUCCUGCCCCGUCAUGUCUGGUGGACCCAAGUACGAGUACAGAUGGCAGGAUGAGCACAAGUACCGGAAACCCACCGCCCUGUCUGCACCCCAGUACAUGAACCUCUUGAUGGACUGGAUUGAGGUGCAGAUCAACAAUGAGGACAUCUUCCCCACCAAUGUUGGUACUCCUUUCCCCAAGAACUUCCUUCAGGUGGUAAAGAAGAUUCUCUCCAGGCUCUUCCGGGUUUUUGUCCACGUUUACAUCCACCACUUUGACAGGAUCACCCAGAUGGGGUCAGAAGCCCACGUGAACACCUGCUACAAGCACUUUUACUAUUUUGUGAAAGAAUUCAACCUAAUAGACACCAAGGAGUUGGAACCACUGAAGGAAAUGACUUCACGGAUGUGCCACUGAGAUCCAGACCUUCCUGCCCUCACCUAGUCACUUCCAGGACUACAGAAGCCCAUGAUUGCAACAGAGAUGCUCUUCGAGGCAGUCCAGAGACAUUUCGUUAAAAUAUAUUUUUAAUGAGUUUUCAAUGUAAAAUGGAGAUUGCAGGAAUAUUUUUAAAGAUGUUCUAGAUAACUAGUUUUCUACAGUAAUUUCUAUAACUUUGCUACUAAAUGGAAAUAUUCUCAUUCUCAAUCAACUUUGAGGCGGGAAGAAGGCUUUGUGAUACAGCCACCUCACACUUCAUCUCCCCUGCCAGGUUGUGGAGGUGGUACUCACUAGACUUCUUCAGUUGCUUCAAGUGCUUUUUUUUUAAGUGUUGAAAGCCUGGACUGGCUUUCAACAGAGCCAGGACAUGGAGUUGGUCUCCAGAUUGCUGUGGUGCCUUCCACUGAAUGUGCUUUGUAUACUGAAGCCCCAACUGUAUGGGGAUCAUCUGGAGCCUGGUUCGUGUAUGCUCCUGUGCACAGGUUCUGUAGGGCAUUCGGGAUGCUCGACUUUUAGCCUUUUCUCAUCUAGAGAAUCCAUUGUACGUGCAGGCUUAGCAUGUU